AUGGCAUCCUGUAAACCACCGAACUAUGCACUCAUUGUUGCCACUACGCCCAAUUGGGGUAUAGGUUUGAACAAUGAUUUGCCAUGGAAACUAAAGACCGAUAUGUCAUAUUUUACGCGAGUCACAAAACGUGUGCAUGGAAUAUCACCAGAAGAUACAAGCAAAACAAUACGGAAUGCCGUCGUAAUGGGAAGAAAGACUUGGGAUUCGAUACCGCCCAAGUAUCGGCCUUUGAAUGAGCGCUUGAAUGUGGUGUUAUCGCGUAGUGGGAGUGUUGUAUCACUUGAGAGCCCCAACCUAAGCUUCACAAGUCUUUCAGAAUCAAUAAGACAUUUAACGUCCUUGCCCGAUAUCUUUCGUAUCUACAUUGUUGGUGGGUCUCACAUAUACCGGGAAGCCAUCGAGUCACCAAACUGCACUCAUAUUCUUCUUACUCGAGUAUACCGUCAAUUUGAAUGUGAUACUUUCUUCCCUGAAAUUGAUGAAAAUAUAUACGAGCAAGCAGAACAUGAGGAUUUGGUGAGAUUUGUGGGCGAGGAUGUACCCAAGGGACGAUUAAGUGAGAACGGACUGGAGUUUGAAUUUUUGCUGUAUGUUCGAAAGAGAUCGUAG